CGGUUGGUCAACCUUCUCCGUGACGCCGGACGAUGCGACGGGGUUCGGAGUCACCUUGCCCCGUUAGCUUCCGCUCUAUAAAAAAAACACCGCUCCGAGACAAGACAGGCCGUUGUGGUUGAACCUUUGCCCGGAGAGACGGCAUUUCGAAGCGGCACCUGGGGGACCAGCAGCGCGGUAGAAUGGCGGACACCAAACCCAAGACCUCUCCGAAGGCAAUCAAGUUCCUGUUCGGGGGGCUAGCUGGGAUGGGAGCUACAGUGUUCGUUCAGCCUCUGGACCUGGUGAAGAACCGGAUGCAGCUCAGUGGCCAGGGUUCCAAAGCCAGAGAAUACAAGACCAGCUUCCACGCUCUGGUCUCCAUCCUGAAGAACGAGGGGGUUGGGGGUAUCUACACCGGCUUGUCCGCAGGGCUGCUACGUCAGGCCACCUACACCACCACCAGGUUAGGGAUCUACACCAUCCUCUUUGAGAAGAUGACCAGACCAGAUGGUACUCCACCCAGCUUCAUCAUGAAGGCCCUGAUCGGUAUGACCGCGGGGGCGAUCGGUGCCUUCGUCGGGACGCCGGCUGAGGUGGCGCUGAUCCGCAUGACUGCCGACGGACGUCUCCCUGCAGACCAGAAGAGAGGGUACAGUAACGUCUUCAACGCCUUGGCCCGGAUCACCAAGGAGGAGGGAGUCACCACUCUAUGGAGGGGCUGUGUUCCCACCAUGGCCAGGGCGGUAGUGGUGAAUGCUGCUCAACUGGCCUCCUACUCUCAAACCAAACAGGGUCUGCUAGACUCAGGUUAUUUUGGUGAUGAUAUUUUGUGUCAUUUCUGCGCCAGUAUGAUCAGCGGUUUAGUGACCACAGCUGCCUCCAUGCCUGUCGACAUCGUCAAGACCAGGAUUCAGAGUAUGAGGAUGAUCGAUGGAAAGCCAGAGUAUAAGAAUGGUUUGGAGGUGCUUGGCAAGGUGAUCCGCAACGAGGGCUUCUUCUCCCUGUGGAAGGGCUUCACGCCGUACUACGCCCGCCUGGGCCCCCACACGGUGCUCACCUUCAUCUUCCUGGAGCAGAUGAACAAGCUCUACAAGCAACACGUCCUGGAGCGCUAACCUGCUCACACACUCACUCUUGAGUCACACUCACUCACACAGACACUCACACGCGCACGCACGCACGCACACUCCCUUGCUGUAGGAAUCAUGCCGUGUAUUUUUUUGUAAACUACUAACGAUUAACUCAUGACCUCACCUGAUGUCAUGGGACAGUUCCGUAUCUAUGGUUACUGCGGGGAUGGAGUAAUAAAAUUCAGUUGUGAGCCUUUAA